UUUUUGCGUUUCCCGGAGAUUUUCUCUAAAUGCUCAACAAAACUCGUAGCACACCGCUACUGAAUUCUGUGACAGACUGACGGUUAUUGGCUUAAAUUAAUAUAGAUACUUAUAAAAAAAAUGUUUGUGAACAUCUUAGGAAGAACAGUGCUGCUCUUUUCCCUCGUGUUUCUAGUGAAAAGUGAUGAAAAUACUAGUGUUAGAAAAGCUAGGUUUAUAUCUUUCGAUUCCCUGGACCGCGAUAUUGGGAUAAAUCUGGAAUUCUCAAUACCGUUCAUAUCCAUUCCCUUGAAUAAAGGCAUGAGCGCAGACGCCGGACUAUUCUCCUCAAUGGGCUUACCAUCAGUAAAUGUAAACCCAACGUCCCUAGCGAUAGGUGGCGCUAUGUUGAUAGGCGCUAGUAUCCUUGCACCUCUUCUUCAAAAAAGUUACACAGAAUACUACCCACAAAACAGGUACUCCAAAUUACUUAACAGCACAGAGGUCGGGUCGGAUACAAUGUUGAACUUUGCCACUCAUAUACUGGAGAACCCGAGUCUCUACAGCUGUACCCUGAGGGUAGCCUGCUGGACUGGACAGAGAGCUAUCCAUAGUAACUUCAUGAAUAUGUGGAACUACGCUAGGAGCAAUAAGAUACUAUCGGCCAUGAUAAACUCAACAGCAGUGGAAGAAGCAAUGUCGAACGGUCGCAGAGGCGAAGAUUGUAUGACAUACACGCCGUGCCCUUUGCGCCGCCAUCAUUUAUUAAUGUUAAUGAACAAUUUCGCCACAAACACCAAUUCUUAAGA